GCCAGUCAUGUCCAUAAACGUCGUUAUUUUCGGCGAGACAGGCGCAGGAAAAAGCUCCGUAGUCAACCUUGUCCUCGGGAGAGACGAGGCCCCCGUCAACAGCAGCGCCAUUGGUGUCACCUUCGGCGCAAAACCGUAUUCCGUCGAUCUAGACGGACGCAGCGUGCGCCUCUUUGAUACUUCCGGGCUCGAUGAGGGCGACGAGGGCUCGGUGAGCCGCGAAGACGCGAUCGUGCAGCUGUACCACCUCCUCACGAGCUUGGACGACGGCAUCAGCCUGCUCGCGUUCGUCAUGCGCGCGCCGAGGAUCAAGCAGGCGCAUGUCAAUAACUGGCGGAUAUUCUGUGACGUGGUGUGCAAGCAGCGCGUGCCUGCGAUUAUUAUCAUCACGGGUUUGGAGAACGAGGAUCCGAUGAGUGGGUGGUGGACGAAUAACAAGGGGGCGUUUGACAGGUAUGGGAUGUUUCCCAAGGAUGUCGCGUGUGUCACUGCGACACGGGGAAAAGAGAAGAGCUUCGGAUACACCUUCGGGGAACAGUACUCCGAAUCAGCGACGAGAGUUCGACAGUGCAUUGUGAAUGCGGCUCUUUCACUUCCGCAUCAGGUUGAUAAAGUGGAGUGGUUCUCGAGGAUGUACAUCUUGGGCUGUAUCCCGAAUGGAGAGUCCGAAGGAGAGGAAGUCAAGCAGCUGAUCGAUAGAUGUGGCAUGCCUCGGGAUGAAGCUGAGCGAUUAGCUAGGAGGUUGAAUGGGAUAUAA